AUGAACCUGAUGUGCACAGAGUCGCAGACAGCGUCCGAAGAUAGGUGUUUCGCCGAGGACCGGACCAUUUUCCGCGACGAGCGGGCCGUCAAGAAGCUGUUGGAAACCGAGUCACAGUACGUGCCCGGGUGCGAUUACAUGGCCCACUCGCAUUCCAACCUGCAGCCUUUCAUGAGACGAGUGGUGGCCACGUGGAUGUUGGACGUAUGUGAAGAACAAAGAUGUGAAGAUCAAGUGUUUCCAUUAUCUGUAAAUUUUCUAGACAGAUUUUUAUGUGCCUGUGACAUAUCCAAAACACACUUACAACUCACUGGUGCAGUGUGCCUGUUAUUAGCAUCAAAAGUGCGACAAUGUACGGCGCUUUCUAUUGAACUCUUGUGCUACUACACUGAAAACAGCGUCACUCCAGAAGAGAUGAGGGAAUGGGAGUUGUUAGUUAUCUCUAAAUUGGAAUGGAGAAUUGUAGCAGUCACCAGUUUUGAUUACGUGGAUCAUAUUAUGGAACAAAUUAAGUGGAAAAGACGAAAUGAUUCGAUGCUCAGGAGGCAUAUGUUGACGCUCAUCUCCUUCUGUUAUAUCGAACCCGAUUUCAUAGAGAAAAAACCGUCGGUGAUGGCGGCGUCGUGUAUGCUGUCGGCCAUCCGCGGCAUCGACCCGUCAGCGGCCGCCGAGGUGGCCGCCGAGCUGUGCGUGCUGUUGGCGUGCACCGCGGCCGAAGUGGACGAACACGUGUCGCUCAUCGACGCGCUGGUGGCCAGUACGACGGCCGCGGUCACGCCGGAAAAGUCGGAGAACAACAAUCCCGCGUCCGAGCCGCCCGUCAAGAAGCCGUACCGCGUGCAGGAGUGCGGCUUGCACGGCGGCGGUCGUCGGUAA